UAUAAAUUAGUUUUUUUGUGGAUUCAGUUUUUGUAAUAUUUACCAAAUGCGUAAAUUGGCAUAAAGCAAGUAAGCGUCAAUAAGGUCUAUGGCGCUUAAGACUAUUGUGAGUUAACUGUGAUAAUGACCAGUAAUGAUUCAACGAACUGUGAAGAAUACUUAAUUUUUCUUAGAGUAUCGCGAGGUCCCCAGCUCACAGUAACUCGUACUUACUAGUACUAGUUAUACACAAGUAAAUACUUAAAAUCAAAACUGUCACAAGUAGUUCAGUGUUUAUCCUUAAACAUUAAAUACUUUCUGUUAGGAUAGUUAACGUUGCGUAGGCGUAGCAUUCUUUUUAACCAAAUUUCCCUAGUUCGUCAAUCCCGGAGUUGUAGACCGGCAAACAAUGAAGCUCCUCUCAAUUGUUUUCACCCGAAUUUCACUGUGUAAAUUAUGUCAUGACUCAGAACACAUGGGUGAAUUUGCAUUUAAAUCAUGGAGGCAGAAAAAUAUGGAACGGUUUAGGUAGGUACAUUUACGUUGGUGUAAUAAGAUUUUCUAUUCAUCUUAAUUUUUAAUCAUUAUUAAUCAUUAAUACCUGCGACGUUAGCACUUACGCAUUAAAAAAGCUUACAAUUGCUAAUUGGAAUAAAAUUAAUUACUUACCUACCUAUUUCAAAUGUGUUUUGUCCCAGGACUUUCAGAUAUUAUUUUCAGGGCUUGUAAUGAUUGUACAGCAUAAUCAAAGGUCGGCGAAGCUUUUUAGAGCCCCUGUAAUGAUGAAAACACAAAACACUUCAAUGGAAUAAUCUUCCAGCAUAUUUAAUUUCGAUGUUUAUUUUCGUCCAUGUCUUGAUACCUUCAAACCGGCUCUGCGAGUACGUGACUCGGCACGUUUUACCAAUUUACUAUAAUGUAAUCAGCAAAAUGUAAUCUAUUGACAACGAUAGCUGUGUACUUGCAUUCCUAAAUUAGAAAAAGCAAUUAUAUUUACCACCCGCCUAAACUAAACAUUUCGUAGGGAUGUUUGUUCAAAGCGAAUUCUUUACAUUACAGGUCUGAUAUUAUUUCCACCACUUCAGUUAUGGGAAAUAUAUAUCUAAUAGCUACGCUAGUUUUCUUUCAGUAUUUUAAAUUUCAAUAUUUUCUCCGAAGCGCAUCGCAUCGUUUCGUUUGAGGUAGACAGUAGCUAGAAGUUUGGCGGCGAUCUUCCGAUAACAGAAAAGUAAAAAUCGGGCCAAUGCAUGUGACGUUUUGAGACAUCGCCGAUUCGAGUUUGUUUGUAAAUCCGGUUCGCGCACCUGCCUUCGCCUUUAUAUACUCGAAUCAUGCAAGAAAUCGGCUGAGCUACGCAGCCGUGCCGCAGUCAUGGCCCGCCCGCCCUGCGCUCAACAUAGCCCAGACCGAGCACGGUGAUACGCGACGCCACAGUGUAGUGAUGACGAAGUGAUCGUGAACCUGGCCCGGUUAUGAAGUGAGGAUGUCUCAAGCGCCAGCCGGCAAAAAAGGCGGAAAGGGUCCGCCUAAGAAAAAUACAGAGGAUGAUAAAUCGGCAGCGGCGAAAGUCACGGAUGAUAAGGAUGAGACGUCCUCCGUCAAUGGUGAUAAGAAAGAGAUUAAGGAGAGCAAUGGAGACGUUCCAAAGCCUCCCAGCGCGGGGGUCAACAUGCGGGAAGCAGCAGCGAAGGUGCUGGUGCUGGCCCAGAAGACAGAAUGGUCGGCGGUGGAGAACACUCUUAAGGUGCUGGAGAAGCUGGUGGCGGCCGGCGGAGAGGACGCCGUCACCGUGCCCAUGGCGGGCAUACACGAUCCGACCACGGGGAUGACACCGCUCAUGUACGCCGUGAAGGACAACCGCACAUCGUUCGUCGAGCGGCUCAUAGAGCUGGGCUCCGACGUUGGCGCGAGAAACAAUGACAACUACAAUGUUUUACACAUCUCUGCGAUGUAUUCCCGUGAGGACAUCGUUAAGCUGCUGCUCUCUAAGCGAGGAGUUGAUCCGUUUGCCACCGGAGGGAGCCGACAACAGACGGCGGUGCACCUCGUGGCCAGCAGACAGACCGGCACGGCCACCAGCAUUCUUCGGGCGCUGCUCACGGCGGCGGGGAAGGACAUACGGCUGCGGGCGGACGGGAGGGGCAAGAUCCCGCUUCUACUGGCUGUGGAGGCGGGCAACCAGAGCAUGGUGCGCGAGCUUCUCAGCGCACAGACCGCGGAACAGCUCAAGGCAUCGACGCCGGCCGGCGACACGGCGUUGCACCUGGCAGCGCGCCGACGCGACGUCGACAUGGCGCGCAUCCUCGUAGACUACGGCGCCGCCAUCGACGCCACCAACGAGGCCGGUAUGACGGCGCUGCACAUCUCCGCCGCCGAAGGCGAUGAGCCGCUCGUCAAGUACUUCUACGGAGUCAGGGCUAAUGCAGCUAUUGCUGAUAAUGAAGACCGGACUCCGAUGCACUUGGCGGCGGAGAACGGGCACGCGGCCAUCAUCGAGCUGCUGGCGGACAAGUUCAAGGCGUCCAUCUUCGAGCGCACGAAGGACGGCAGCACGCUCAUGCACAUUGCCUCCCUAAACGGCCAUGCCGACUGCGCUAUGAUGCUCUUCAAGAAAGGAGUCUAUCUCCAUAUGCCUAAUAAGGAUGGUGCCCGCAGUAUACACACAGCAGCACGCUAUGGACACGUUGGAAUCAUCAACACCCUCCUGCAAAAAGGAGAAAGCGUGGACGUAACCACUAACGAUAACUACACGGCUCUCCACAUAGCGGUGGAAUCCUGCAAACCUGCUGUGGUGGAAACCUUACUCGGUUAUGGAGCUGAUGUUCACAUUAGAGGGGGCAAGCAGCGAGAAACGCCGUUACACAUUGCUGCGAGAAUACCUGAAGGUGAUAAGUGCGCAUUGAUGCUGUUAAAGUCUGGAGCCGGGCCGAACAAAGCGACCGAGGAUGGAAUGACACCGGUUCACGUGGCAGCUAGAUAUGGAAAUUUGGCAACUUUGGUACUUUUAUUGGAGGAUGGAGGAGACCCGUUAAAAAAGACUAAGGCAAGACUUAUUAUUGUUGCUACUUUUAUUAUGCUGACAUUAAAAGAUCGAACAAGUAAUGACAUAAUUAUAAAUUACUUUCAGACUGGAGAAACGCCUCUUCACAUGGCCUGCAGAAGUUGUCAACCGGACGUCGUACGCCACCUCAUAGAGUUCGUGAAGGAGCAUAAAGGCGAAAGCGUCGCGACUUCAUACUUGGACGCCGUCGAUGAUGAUGGAGCAAGCGCUCUUCAUUACGCUUGCAAAAUCAAAAAAGAAGAAGUGAAAAUUCCCGCAGCUGACAGAGAAGUUGUGAAAUGCCUCAUAGAAAAUGGGGCUGACGUAACCCUUAUAACAAAGCAUAAUCAUGAAACGGCAUUCCACUUUUGUGCGAUUGCGGGAAAUAAUGACGUUAUGACAGAAAUGAUAACACAUAUGUCAGCUGCUGACGUUGGUAGAGCCCUUAAUAAACAAAAUUCUGUUGGUUGGACGCCGCUUCUCAUAGCAUGCCAUAGAGGACAUAUGGAACUGGUCAGUACUCUAUUAUCUAACCAUGCCAGGGUAGAUGUAUUCGAUGUGGAAGGGCGGUCUGCCUUGCACUUAGCCGCUGAACACGGUUAUCUACAAGUCUGUGAUGCACUGCUAACCAAUAAAGCCUUUAUCAAUUCUAAAGCUAGAAACGGAAGAACGGCUCUACACUUGGCAGCAAUGAAUGGGUACGCACACUUAGUGAAAUUUUUAAUACGCGACCAUAACGCCAUGAUAGAUGUGCUUACGCUGAAAAAGCAGACACCAUUACAUCUAGCGGCGGCUAGCGGACAAAUUGAAGUUUGUAAGCUUUUGUUAGAGCUUGGAGCAAAUAUCGAUGCUACUGACGAAUUAGGACAGAAACCUAUACAUGCAGCUGCACAAAACAAUUAUUCAGAGGUUGUGCAGUUAUUUUUACAGCAACAUCCAAACUUAGUAAUGGCCACUACAAAGGACGGGAAUACAUGCGCCCAUAUAGCUGCUAUUCAAGGUUCAGUGAAAGUGAUUGAAGAACUUAUGAAGUUUGAUCGGACUGGCGUUAUUUCCGCCCGUAAUAAAUUGAACGACUCUACUCCGCUGCAGUUGGCAGCGGAGGGAGGCCAUGCAGACGUGGUCCGAGUCCUCGUAAGAGCGGGUGCAUCUUGUACCGACGAGAAUAGAGCAGGCCUCACCGCUGUACAUUUAGCUGCUGAACAUGGACAUACUAAUGUGUUAGAUGUUAUGAGGUCAACCAAUACUUUGAGGAUAUCGAGUAAAAAGCUAGGCCUCACUCCAUUACACAUAGCAGCGUAUUACGGACAAGCUGAAACCGUGCGCGAGCUGCUAUCCCAUGUCCCAGGGACUGUAAAGUCGGAAGCUCCAACCGGUGUAUCCCUAGUUCCCGUACUAGGGUCCGAAUCUGGCCUGACUCCACUUCACCUGGCGGCCUACAAUGGCAACGAAAACGUUGUGCGAUUACUACUCAACUCGGCGGGAGUGCAAGUUGACGCCGCUAGUACAGAAAAUGGCUAUAAUCCACUCCAUCUGGCGUGCUUCGGUGGGCAUAUGUCGAUCGUCGGCCUUUUACUCAGUAGAUCAGCAGAGUUACUUCAAAGCACUGAUCGGCAUGGAAAAACUGGCUUGCAUAUAGCUUCUACCCAUGGACAUUACCAGAUGGUUGAGGUUUUACUCGGACAAGGUGCAGAAAUCAAUGCCACAGAUAAAAACGGUUGGACGCCAUUACACUGUGCAGCAAAAGCCGGACACCUCAACGUUGUCAAACUUCUAUGCGAAUCUGGAGCAUCACCUAAAAGUGAAACGAAUCUAAAUUGUGCACCUAUAUGGUUCGCCGCAUCUGAAAACCACAACGACGUCCUUGAGUACUUGUUACAUAAAGAGCAUGACACGCAAUCUUUAAUGGACGAUAAACGAUUCGUUUACAACCUCAUGGUGUGCUCAAAAAAUCACAACAAUAUACCAAUAGAGGAAUUCGUGCUUGUUUCACCAGCGCCCGUUGAUACCGCUGCUAAGUUAUCCAACAUAUAUAUUAAUUUAUCUACUAAGGAAAAGGAACGUGCCAAAGACCUCAUCGCCGCGGGAAAACAAUGCGAGGCGAUGGCUACCGAGCUGCUGGCGCUUGCGGCGGGCGCGGACUCCGCCGGGCACAUCCUCACCGCCACCGAUAACCGAAACAUCGAGUUCCUCGAUGUUCUCAUUGAGAAUGAACAAAAAGAAGUCAUUGCUCACACAGUUGUUCAAAGAUAUCUUCAGGAACUCUGGAGAGGGAGCCUCAAAUGGACUGGCAUCAAAAUUAUGUUCCUUUUUUUCGCAUUUAUAAUCUGUCCGCCUGUUUGGAUGGUGUUUUCUCUUCCAAUUUUAAAAUACAAUAAGGUUCCAAUUAUUAAGUUCAUGUCAUAUUUGACUUCUCACAUUUACCUCAUGGUAUUGUUAGCUUUAGUGGCAAUUACGCCCAUUUAUAACUCAAUAUUUAGGGAAAGUUUAGUACCGAGAUGGUACGAGUGGAUGCUGCUCAUUUGGUUGAGCGGUCUUCUUUUGUUCGAGCUAACUAACCCCAGUGACAAAUCAGGCUUAGGGUGGAUUAAAAUAGCAGUAUUAUUAUUGGGUAUGAUCGGAGUAGCCACGCAUGUCGUGGGUUGGAUUUUUGUCGAAAAAAAAUACUGGCCAACUCUAAUGUACUGUAGAAAUCAGUGUUUUGCCUUAUCCUUUUUACUAGCUUGUGUUCAAAUCCUGGAUUUCCUGUCAUUCCAUCAUUUAUUCGGGCCGUGGGCCAUUAUCAUCGGUGACCUCAUGAAAGACUUGGGAAGGUUUCUCGCAGUGUUAGCGAUAUUUGUAUUUGGUUUCUCGAUGCAUAUCGUUGCGUUAAACCAGCCAUUCAGGAAUAUUGUCAAACCAGAGGACGCGAAAAUUGCAAGAACGGCUCGGAGGAAACUGUUUUCAGACGAUGCUAAUCUUCGAACGAAACGACAAACAAAUGAUGAACAAUGGACAAACCCACUGCCCGGGGAAUCAUAUCGGAGGAAACAGGGGCAGCCGACGGGACCGUCAUUGUCGGCGAUCGAGGCGUUCGAGAAAUUGUUCUUCGCCCUUUUCGGCCAGCUCACCUUGUCGGACCUGAACUACGUCUCAGCCCUGCGGCCCCUGUGGAGCCAGAACCUGUUCAAGUUCGUGUUCGGAGGAUACUUGCUGAUGUCGGUAGUGGUGUUGGUCACGCUCCUCAUUGCGAUGAUGUCGGACACUUAUCAGCGCAUCCAGGUAACUGCGUAUGUCACCUCGCGUGUACAUUUGUUCGCAGUGACCAUGAAUCCACUAUUCUCAUUCGAGCUGCUGUUCUUCGCGGUGUUCGGCCAGACAACGACGGAACAGACGCGCGUGCACCGCAACGACAGCAACGUGCAACCGCUCUGGACCAACUAUCUCUUCAAAAUAGUGUUCGGAAUCUACAUGCUGGUGUCCGUGGUCGUGCUAAUCAAUCUGCUCAUCGCUAUGAUGUCAGAUACGUACCAGCGGAUUCAGGCCCAGUCAGACAUCGAGUGGAAGUACGGGCUGUCGAAGCUGAUCCGCAACAUGCACCGCACCACCACGGCCCCGUCGCCGCUCAACCUUGUCACCACCUGGCUCAUGUGGCUCAUCCAAAAGUGCAAGGGUCGCAUAACAAAGAAGAAGCGUCCAAGCCUGGUGCAUAUGAUUGGAUUGCAGAGGCAGGACCAGAUGAGCGCGAGGACCAAGGCCGGUGCCAAGUGGCUGUCCAAGGUGAAGAGGGGACAAGUUGUGCCCAAAGACUCUACACGCCUCUCAGUGGUGCACCUGAGCCCGCUGGGUUCCCAGAUGAGUUUCAACAACAUGACGAGGAUAGAAAACGUCGUGGACUGGGAGAUCAUAGCGAAGAAGUACCGCGCGCUCACGCGCGACGAGCCCGAGGAGCCGGUGCUUAAGGAGACCGACGCGGAGGAAGCCGACAACACGUCAGAAAUAGUCCCCAACAAUGUAGGGGCUCCGCCUUGAAGUAGAAAAAGAUAGUGAUGAUUGUGUUUAUGAACAUAAUGUGCCUACAUUUAAGGCCUGGGCGUCAAGAAAUCAGUGUUAGGAUAUGACUACCACACUUUAUACCAUGACUACCUACUCUUCUUCAUUUUUACAAAAUUUCGAAUUGAUUAAACGGCGUCUGGGCCACAUUUUAUAAUGACAGUAAGAUCGCUUCACAUGGACAUUAAUUAUGAAUAUAUUAAAAAGCAAUUCUUUUAUACAAUCCACGUCCUGAAGAAUAUACGUAUAAUAUGUAUGUAAAAAUCAAAAGCUACUAUACUGAACCACAACCAACUUGUCAGUAGAAAAACGCGCGUAAUUCAAAUUUUCUAUGGGAAGUCAACACUUCGCGCCUACAUUUUUUUUAAUUUACCACCUAUUUCUACUGACAAGGUCGAUGUGCUAGAGUAUAUAUAUAUUGAGUACAUAUGAAACUUAUGAGAAUAAGUUGAAACUCGUACCGAUUUUUUAGAACUGCAAGUGCCUAUUUACUUCUACUUGUUACAUUUUAGCCUAUAUCUAACGACUGGUCGUAAUGUCUACUUUUGGUUUUCAUUAACUACCUAUUGUGCAUCGUGAACCUCGGCAAAUUCACAAUCACCGCGACCAAUGUCAAGGCUAUCCCACUCAAGUGUGAAUGCAGACCGAAUUUUUCGCAAUAUGUUAUUGCAACAUUUCUUUUUUAUGCAUUUAUGACAGUGUAAAAGCACUUGAACUUGCAUAUUGGUGCAUUUUCCGAUAUCCAUUGGGUAUUUUAAAUCGGUGUAAUGGCAUACCGAUUCCAAAAAAGAUCGAUCACCAUGCUGUAUGCGGACCAAUCUUACGCUGACCCCCUAUUAUAUCAAAGUAAUGUAAAAUUAUAACAUCGCAGCAUAUCGGUUCAAAAACAUUGGAAUAGAGCCCAUAAAUUACGCACUUAAAAUUAAAAACGAAACUGAUAAUUGCAAACAAAAACCCAGUUCGUACUUGACUUCAUCAUAGGAAACCAAUCCCAAUCUCUCUCCCCUCAAAGCCCUCUGGUGUUGAGGGUGUCCAUGGGCGAUGGUAAUCGCUUAUCACCGGGCGCUCCGUCUGCUCGUUUGCCUCCAAUAUCAUAAUAAACCGUCAUAAAUAAGUUAAAUAACAAGUAAAAGUAAUAAACAUGAUCGGAAAUUGAAGGUACCGCAUCCUAGAUACUUAUGUUUUCACUAGCGUAAAUGAAAACCGCAAAUUUCUUUGUGCGGUGGCAACACACUUAAUAAUAAUAUAAAGAAUAUAAGGUAAACCUCCUAGUGUUUGACAGCCAAGCGUCCCAAUGCCAACGAUUAGUGAGAAAUUAAUGAAAUGAAUUUUUCUUUGCGAUUGAGUAUUUUCUGCUAAUAAAUAUUUUGGUUGUAUAGGAAGUGUAAACAGUGUAACGAUUAAAAUAAAAACAUAUCUUUUACUCACACGGGAUCUACGUGUCCGUCUUUUUACGUGAGAAAAUAGUCCAUCGCAAGUCCGCUUCUCAUCAGCGGUCGGACAGCUGCCUAAUUCAAGUAGUUAAGAGCCUGUUUCACAUCUACAUAAUUUGUUAAGAAUUAAGGUUUAAGGUGGCAACUGUUGGUGCAGUGUCGAGCACUAGGCUAUCUACGUUACUGUAAAUAUACAAUGCAUGGUAGAUAUAAAAAAUCUUCGUUUAUAACAUUUUGUACAAUAACUUUUUUAACUUGACUAUUUCUGAAUAAUAAUAAAGUCGAGAAUUAAAGCAAUAAAUAAGUUAGUAUUUUACCUUUAAAAUGUAUAGUUAAGUUAGUUUGAAUUUAUAUAAUAAGAUACUUUUAAUAUGGACCGAAUGUUUGUGAUAGUGAAAAUAAUAUUUUUCCAUCUAAUUAAGUAUUGUUUUAAUAUACAUAUAGCAGAGAUAGAUAAUUAAACCAAUUAAACUUG